AUGUUCCCCAGCCCCGCGCUCACGCCCACGCCCUUCUCCGUCAAAGACAUCCUGAACCUGGAGCAGCAGCGCAGCCUGGCCGCGGGGGACCUGUCGGCGCGCCUCGAGGCCACCCUGGCGCCCGCCUCCUGCAUGCUGGCCGCCUUCAAGCCCGAGGCCUACUCCGGGCCCGAGGCGGCAGCGCCCGGCCUGGCAGAGCUGCGCGCGGAGCUGGGCCCCGCGCCUUCGCCCCCCAAGUGCGCCCCUGCCUUCCCAGGCGCCCCCGCCUUCUACCCGCGCGCCUAUGGCGACCCCGACCCGGCCAAGGACCCUCGAGCGGAUAAGAAAGAGCUGUGCGCGCUGCAGAAGGCGGCGGAGCCGGAGCAGGCCGAGGCGGCGGGCGGCGGCGGCGGCGGCGGCGCGGAGCGGGCCCGGGCCCGGCGGCGGCGGAAGCCCCGGGUGCUGUUCUCGCAGGCUCAGGUGUACGAGCUGGAGCGGCGCUUCAAGCAGCAGCGCUACCUGUCGGCGCCCGAGCGCGACCAGCUGGCCAGCGCGCUCAAGCUCACGUCCACGCAGGUCAAGAUCUGGUUCCAGAACCGGCGCUACAAGUGCAAGCGGCAGCGGCAGGACCAGAGCCUGGAGCUGCUGGGGCCCCCGCCGCCCCCGCCGCCGCCGCCGGCCGCGCGCAGGAUCGCCGUGCCCGUGCUGGUGCGCGACGGCAAGCCCUGCCUCGGGGACUCGGCGGCGGCCUACGCGCCCGCGGCCUACGGCGUGGGCCUGGGCGCCUACGGCUACAACGCCUACCCCUACCCCGGCUAUGGCGGCCCCGCCUAUGGCUGCGCCGCCGCCUACCCCGCCGCCGCCCCCCACGGCGCGCAGCCCGCGGCCCCCCCCGCCGGCGGCGGCGGCUUCGUGAACUUCGGCGGCGGGGGCGGGGGCGGCGGCGUCGGGGGGGACUUGAACCCCGCCGCCGCCGCCGCCGCUGCCGCCGCCGCCGUGCAGAGCCCCGGGAUGCCACAGGGCAGUCCGGGCGUGUCCGCGCUGCACGGCAUCCGGGCCUGGUAG